AUGGCGUCCCCCGCACAGCAGCCAGCCGCGUUCGUCAAGCGCCCGGCGCAGCACGGCGCCGCGGACUUCGUGUCGUGGACGUGGGAGAUGGUCAACGCGGGCCACGAGCACAUCGGCUGGUCGCCCGACGGCACGACGAUCGUCGUCACCAACCCGGAGCGGCUGGCGUCGCACGUCCUGCCCACCUACUUCCGCCGCUCACAGUACAGCUCCUGGGUGCGCGUGCUCAACGCGUACGGCUUCAAAAAGGCGUUGGCACCGGAGCGUGCCCGCCUUUGGGGCCUAGCCCAGGAGGUGCAGCGCCUCGAGCGGGAGAUCGACGAGGCGCAGCGCGAGGAGUUCCGGCAGCGCUUCGACACGGUGCGCGUGACGCAGCUGAUGCUGACGAUGCUGCCGCUCGACCAAGCGGCCGCCAUCCAAGCCUCCCUGCUCCAGCCCGCCUCGCUGCCCGCCGCCACCCUCCCCGACGGCACCCCGAUCACCGGGCCAGCCGGCGGAGGGAUCACCGCCGGCGGAGGCGGCGGCGGCGCGGGCGGCUCGAGCCUCGAGCCUCUUCGGCCUUCGAGGGUCUCUUCGCGCACGCCCUCGCGGCCCGCAUCGCCCGGCCGGUCAACCAUCUCGACCCGCUCCGACGGGGUCGGCCCGCUGCGAAACAACCUCGAGUCGCUCCUCUCGAUGACGUCCCGCAGCGGCGCCGCCGGAGAGCCCCGCGCGCCGUGGCAGUCUCACAUCGGCCUGCUGCGCGACGGUCUGGCGAGGCCCGAGAAGCGCGCGCGGGGCGCCGACGCGUCCGCACUCCUUCUGCCCUCCGCCGCCGCCGCCGCCGGAGUCGGUGCCGCCGGGCUUGGAGGCGGCGGAGGAGGGCCGGUCGGAGGUGGUGCGAGUUGCGGCGCCUCCUCCUCCCUCCCGCCGCUCUCGCUCUCGCGGCAGCGGUCGCUCGAGCGGUCGGGCACUCCCGCUGACGCGCAGGGGUGGGGCGGGCAGCCCGGGGCGCCGAAGCGCGCCGAGCUCGAGCACGCGGUCAACACCUACUUCUCCUCUCUCGCGACAGUCGCAGAUCACGCGCUCGACGCUUUGCCGCCGCUUCGUGCCAGCGGGCCCCCGGCAGCGCAACCCGAGUAGAGGAGAGGAAAUUAGUGGCGUCAUGUGCAUGUGCUUGCAAGCUGUUUGAACUCCGAGUACGACGGGCGCGGCCCUCGACGCGGGUUUGUGUACUGAGUCUUGCGAUCGCGGCGGGAGGGGAUGCGACAAGUGUGCGCGAUCGUGCGUGAGCGCAGAGAGUGACACGCCGCAGAGCUCUGUCCUGAAGAGUGAACUGUGAGCUGUGGCCCGCAGGCAUAUGCGUUAUUCCCGAGGGAGAGUCCAUUGAGGGUGCUUUUGAGGUGUACCUAUAUCGC